GAGAGAGAGAGAGAGAGAGAGAGAGAGAGAGAGAGAGAGAGAAACGGGUCGUCUGUAUCAGGUCAGCUGGUUAAUUUGCUUGUUGGUGUUGAAUUGUUAGUUGUGUAGAGUAAGUGCUGGUGUUUAGAUCGUAUUGGACUCUCAUGAUGACGAGCUGACGGGAAAAUCUACUCCAGUUACAACACAGGCGUAAAAGACUUCAUAUUCCCAUUUAGCAAGGUGUCAACCGCUGAUAAUGAGUCUCCUGACACAACUCCGAUUGUUACUGUGGAAGAACUUUACUCUACGGAGGAGACAGAAGGUGCGCUUGCUAGUGGAGUUGGUUUGGCCUCUGUUCCUGUUCUUCAUUCUCGUGUCGGUCAGAUCCACCAAUAAUCCGGUUUAUAAAAGCCAGUGCCACUACCUCAAUAAGCCCCUCCCAUCAGCAGGUGUGUUGCCAUGGCUACAGGGCAUGCUGUGUAACAUGCAGAACCCGUGUGUGAGUUUCCCCACACCUGGCGAAGCACCUGGACAGGUGAACAACUUCGACAACUCCACAGUCACAAAGGUUUUGGUUGAAGUGCAGUCGCUCCUGGCGGAUCCCGCUCUCUUCAGCAGCGUCAAACUGAUCUCUGAGGAUAUCGGACGAUGGACGUCUGUCCUGCAGAAUGCAAACCCAGCCGCAGGUCAGUCGAUUCCGCUUUACAGUUUGCUGAGAACCAACGAGACGUUUUCUGAAUAUCUGACAAACAACCUUUCGGUGCCAAACACAACCACCGUGAGCCUGAUGAGGACGAAAGUUCGGCUCGGACAGGUGCUGCAGCUGCCUGCGGUGUCAGCUAAUGGAGAUCUGCGCUCGCUUCUCUGCGGCCCUUCGGUCGAUCGCAUCCUGGACUUUAAUUCAACCAAUCAGAAACAGGAGUUUCAGAACAUCACAUGCUCCCUGACAGCCAAUCAGCUUCUUCAAGCCAGACAAGUCUUCAUGCAGAAUCUGGACAACAUGAAGCUCCUGAAUGCACUUCCGCAAGCGCUGGGUCUGAACCGGCUCCAGGUGACCGCUCUGAUGGGCCAAACCAGCGCUCACAUCGCUCCGCUCAUGACCGGGAUGUCUAACUUCAGGUCUUCAGUGCUGCUGAGUGCAGUAGAAACGUUGGACUUCAGGUCGGAUCCGUUCGGGAGCCUCUCUCAACUGAUGUGUGGAACAGACUUUAACUUGACGAGCAGAGCUGCUGUGAGAAGUGCGUCGACAGAAUCAGACCAACAAAACACACGCGCUGCAACAGUCAACAACUCCACCACGACCAGCACCAACACCAGUGACUUCUGUAGAAACCUGACGGACACGCUGGAGAGCACCUCCGGUCUGCGUCUGCUCUGGAGGACCUUCCGGCCCUUCCUGCAGGGAAAGAUCCUCUACACGCCCGACACCAACGUCACACGCAGCAUCAUCACAGAGGCCAACCGCACAUUUGACGCGCUGGCUAAAGUGGGAGACCUGGCAGAGGCCUGGCUGCAGAAUGAAGACGUACUCUGGGCUUUCUUCAAUAACGGCACACAGAUCAACACUCUGAGGGCUCUUCUGAAGAACCCUGUGCUUGCAGCCGUUCUGGACCAGCAGCUGGAGGACUCUGGUCUGUCCUCAGCGUACAUCAGCAGCUUCCUGUUUAACGGCCCCGAGUCGGAGCGUCCCGCCGGGAUGCCAGCUUCUGACUGGCGUAACGUCUUCAACGCCACCAGCGGCGCAGCGCAGCAGAUCAUUCAGAUCCUCGCGGUGCGUCUUCAGCCUUCACUGCAGCUUCCUCCUGGGCUCUGUGUGUGUGUGUUUCCUCUCUUUGAUCUGGAUAAGUUUAAAGGAGUCAGCACUGAGGCUGUGCUGGUUGAGCAGUCUUCAAAGCUCCUGAGUCAGGACCGCUUCUGGGCCGGUCUGGUCUUCACAGAUCUGGACCCCAGUGACCCGCGGACCCCUCCACACAUCAGAUACAAGAUCCGCAUGGACAUCGAGGAGACCGAGAGGACAGACAAGAUCAAGGAGAGGUCCUGGUCCCCGUUGGCCCGAGACAACCCCUUUAAUGACCUGCACUACGUGAGAGGAGGCUUCGUGUACCUGCAGGACAUGGUGGACCGAGGAAUCAUUAAAGUGCAGACGGGAGUCAGUCAGCCGCUCGGCGUCUACGCGCAGCAGAUGCCGUACCCGUGUUACGUGGACGACGCCUUCGUUUCGUCCAUUGCCACCAUACUGCCCAUGUUCCUGGUGCUGGCCUUCAUCUACACGGCCUGCCAGACCAUCAAAGGCCUGGUUCUGGAGAAGGAGCUCCGUCUGAAGGAGGUUCUGCGGGUUGUUGGGGUUCGCAACUCUUCCAUGUGGUUCUGCUGGUUUAUAGAGAACAUGGUUCUGCUGACUAUUCCCUGUGCUUUGAUCUCAGUCAUGGUGAAGUAUGGAAAGGUUCUGCGAUACAGCGACCCGUCUGUGAUCUUUGUCUUCCUCCUGGUCUUCUGUGUGGCCACUGUCAUGCAGUGCUUUUUCAUCAGUGUGUUCUUCUCUCGGGCGAAUCUGGCAGCCGCCUGUGGGGGCCUCAUUUACUUCCUGCUCUACCUGCCUCAUGUGCUUUGCUACGCCUGGAGGGACGUCCUGGGCUUCGGCGCCAAGAUUGCCACGAGCCUGCUGUCGUGUGUGGCGUUCGGAUACGGCUGUGAGAAUUUCUCCCGUUAUGAAGAGCAGGGCAUCGGCAUUCAGUGGAGCAACAUCCGGGUCAGUCCGCAGGAGAACGACCGCUACUCCUUCAUCGUCUCCAUCUUCAUGAUGCUGUUCGACGCGUUCAUUUACUGGAUGCUCACCUGGUACAUCGAGAACGUGUUUCCGGGUCAGUAUGGCAUCCCGAAGCCCUGGUAUUUUCCCUUCACUUCUUCAUACUGGUGCGGGACUCCGGUGGGAUCUGAUGCCCAUCCUGACCUGCUUCAUGAGCUGGAGAAUCAGAGCGGUUACCUGGAAAAACCUCCGCCUGGGAUGAAGCCUGGAGUCUGUAUCAGAAACCUGGUGAAGGUCUAUAAGACGGGAAAUAAACUGGCUGUGGACGGACUCAGUCUGGACUUCUAUCAGGAUCACAUCACCUCGUUUUUAGGACACAACGGAGCUGGAAAAACCACCACCAUGUCGAUACUGACGGGUCUGUUCGCUCCCACCUCGGGUACGGCUUACAUUAACGGCUACGACAUCCGCUCGGACAUGGACACCAUCAGGACUCACCUGGGAAUGUGUCCACAACACAACGUCCUCUUCAACGAUCUAACAGUGGAAGAGCACAUUUAUUUCUACGCUCGUCUGAAGGGCCGGAGCUCUAAAGAGGUGAAGAAGGAGAUCGAUCAGAUGAUUCGAGACGUGGGUCUGCCUCACAAACGCAAAGACCUCGUCAAGAACCUCUCAGGUGGGAUGCAGAGGAAGCUGUCGGUCGCCAUCGCGUUCGUGGGAGGAUCCAAUGUUGUGAUUCUGGACGAGCCGACAGCGGGAGUCGAUCCGUAUGCACGCAGAGGCAUCUGGGAUCUGCUGCUCAAAUACAAAACAGGUCGUACCAUCAUCCUGUCGACGCAUCACAUGGAUGAAGCGGAUAUUCUGGGAGAUCGUAUCGCCAUCAUCUCACACGGCCGCGUCUGCUGCUGUGGCUCCUCGCUCUUCCUCAAGAAGAUGUACGGUAGAGGUUAUUACCUGACGAUCGCACGGGCCAAUCAGGAUCGAGUCAUGGCACAACGAGCCCCAUUGAUUAAAGAGUGUGAUAAGUUCAGUGUGGAUGAGGGCAUUUGCAGUGACAGCAUCAGCAGUCUGGACCCACCAGACGUGGCGGAUCUGAGUCGACUGGUGCGGCGGCACGUGCCGGAGGCCGAGUUUCUGGAGGUCGUAGGUCAAGAGCUGGUGUAUGUGCUGCCCUAUACAGGUGCCGCAAACGGCAGCUUUGCAUCUCUCUUUAAAGAGCUGGAUCUGGAGAAAAGCGCUCUGGCCGUCACCAGCUACGGGAUAUCAGACACGAGCCUGGAGGAGAUUUUUCUGAAGGUGGCCGAGGACACGGGUGUUGACAUGGAAUCUCAUGAUAAGAAAAAAACUCUUAAACAGAAGCGCAGAAGCAGCUCAAGGAUAUCAGGAAUACAGACUAUCAGCUCAGCACUGGAAUGCAAAGAUGCAAACGCUGUGAAAAAUGAUGCGAAGGUUAGAUUCACUAGACGCGUGGAGGACACCCAGCGGCCCAUGUGUGCGAAUGGCAAAGGCUCGUACGUCAUCAUGGGUUGGUCACUGAUCAAACAGCAGUUUUUAGCUCUUUUUAUCAAACGUUUCCAUCAUGCCCGCAGAAGCCGGAGGGGAAUCAUCGCUCAGGUUGUGAUGCCGGCGUUCUUCGUGUGUCUGGCUCUCAUCUUCUCUCUGAUUGUUCCUCCGUUUGUUGAAUAUCCCAAUCUGGAGCUUCAGCCCUGGAUGUAUGGAGCUCCACAGAAUACCUUCUAUAGUUUUGAUGAUCCUGCUGUAGAUCAGGUGGAGAGAGUGACGAAUGCUCUGCUCAGUUCACCAGGAUUUGGGACGCGCUGCAUGAGCCCCAACCCCAUACCUAAAUUACCGUGUAACCCAGCGGGAGGCACUGAUUGGUUCACUCCCGCGGUGACUCCGUCCAUCAGUGAGAUCUUUGAGAAGGGAAACUGGAGCAUGGAGAACCCGUCGCCAGACUGCCAGUGCGGCACACCGCAGCGCAGCAUCAUGCUCCCCGACUGCCCGUUAGGAGCCGGCGGUUUACCGCCACCACAGAGAACUCAGAACACCACAGACACCCUGCAGAACCUCACGGCCCGAAACAUGACCGACUUCCUGCUCAAGAACUACCAGAAAUCAGGAAAGAUACGGUACGGCGGGAUCUCGGUGGGCGGCGUGAACUCGCAGGUCAAACUCAAUGAAUCUGACAUUACAGCAGUGAUCGACGACUUCAAAUCAUUGCUCAACAUCUCGCAGCGUGCCAGAGUCUGGACGUCUGAUGGGAUUUUAAUGCUGCUUAGCUCUGUGAUGGACUGCUGGUCUGGCAUUCGCUCUCUCGUCUCAUCGUCUCUCUCUGUUGGCAGUAACGGUCGUUCUGAGCACAAUCUGGCCUUGCACGUUGAGAGCAAGGUGGAGUUGUUUCUGGUGGAGUUGGGCACCAGAGACAAUGUGAAGGUGAGCAGCAGUAUUUACAGUAUCAGUACAGUAUUGUCCAUUUAUGAUUUCUCGUUCCUGAAUGUGGCCAGUAACGGCGUUCUUAGAGGAAAUCUGCCAGCAGGACGACGAGAGCAAGAGUUCGGCAUCACAACAUUCAACCACCCACUGAACCUCACCAAAGAACAGCUCUCGUUUGCUGCACUGGCGACGACUUCUACGGAUGUGGUGGUGUCUAUCUGCGUGAUCUUCGCCAUGUCCUUCAUCCCGGCCAGCUUCGUCCUCUUCCUCAUCCAGGAGCGCGUCAGUAAAGCCAAGCACCUGCAGUUCGUGAGCGGCGUCAACCCCACCGUUUACUGGCUGGCCAACUUCGCCUGGGACAUGUGUAAUUAUAUCGUGCCGUGCAUCAUCGUCAUCAUCAUCUUCCUGUGUUUCCAACAAAAGUCAUACGUCUCUCCACCAAACCUGCCUGCCCUCAUCCUUCUGCUGGUGCUGUACGGGUGGUCCAUCACUCCGAUGAUGUAUCCCGCCUCCUUCCUGUUCAGUGUUCCCAGCACAGCGUAUGUGGUUCUGACCUGCAUCAACCUCUUCAUCGGCAUCAACGGCAGCGUGGCCACGUUUGUCAUGGAGCUCUUCGACGACCCGAAUAUAACCCGUAUCAAUGACAUAGUCAAGCAGGCGCUGCUGGUGUUCCCUCACUUCUGUUUGGGAAGGGGCCUGAUGGACAUGGCCAAAAACCAGGCGAUGGCCACCCUCUACCAAAACCUGGGUGAAGACCGCUUCGAAAAUCCUCUCAGCUGGAACAUGGUGGGCAAGAAUCUGUUUGCUAUGGCCAUUCAGGGGGGCGUCAUGUUCAGCCUGACCCUGCUCCUCCAGUACAAGUUCUUCUGCAAAUCCAUGUCGAUAAAGUCACUACCGACAUCUUCAGGCAAAGAGGAUGAAGACGUGGCUCUUGAGCGUGAACGUGUGCAGAGGGGCGGAGCCCAGAACGACCUGCUCCGAAUCUGUGACCUCACCAAGAUGUACCGUAAGAAAAAGACUCCAGCCGUGGAGAAAAUCUGUGUGGGUGUUCCUGCUGCAGAGUGUUUUGGUUUGCUGGGGAUCAAUGGUGCAGGUAAAACUACGACUUUUAAAAUGCUGACGGGAGACAUCAGCCCGACGGCCGGAGACGCUUUCCUGAACGGAUACAGCAUCCGCUCUGACCUGCAGUUGGUGCAGCAGAAUAUGGGUUACUGUCCGCAGUUCGAUGCGAUCGAUGAGCUUCUGACGGGACGAGAGCACCUGGAGUUCUACGCGCGACUCCGCGGGGUUCCCGAAAAAGAGGUUUCCAUGGUGGCUGAAUGGGGCGUUCAGAAACUGGGUCUUGUCAAAUACUCAGAGAAAUCAGCAGGAACUUACAGCGGCGGCAACAAGCGCAAACUCUCCACCGCCAUUGCUCUGAUUGGCUGCCCUCCUCUGGUCUUCCUCGACGAGCCCACCACCGGUAUGGACCCCAAGGCCCGGCGUUUUCUGUGGGACUGUAUCCUCAGCGUCAUUAAAGAGGGCAGAUCUGUGAUACUCACCUCUCACAGCAUGGAGGAGUGUGAAGCCCUCUGCACCCGCAUGGCCAUCAUGGUGAACGGACAGUUCAAAUGCCUGGGCAGCAUCCAGCACCUAAAGAGCAGGUUUGGAGACGGAUACACACUGAUCAUACGCGUGAGUGCAGAUCAGGCCGAUCUCUGCACAGUGGAGACUUUUGUGCAUGACACAUUUCACGGCAGCACUUUGAAAGAGAAACAUCACAACACUCUGCAAUACCAGAUCCCGCAGGGAGAGGGAGCCCUCGCACACAUCUUCAGCCAACUCAACAAACACCAGCAGCUCCUGCAUGUGGAGGAUUACUCUGUGUCCCAGACAACACUAGACCAGGUUUUUGUGAGUUUCGCGCGGCUGCAGCGUGAUGAAGAGGACGGAGCGUUUGAGAACGACGUGGAUCUGAAUGAUGAAAUGCAAACAUCAGUGACAUGAAUCAAACAUCAAUCAGCAGAAGCCAGGCACUUUACUAGAGUUAUUUAUUUAUUUGACAUCUAAAUAUCCAUGUAGGCCACCAAGAUUUGAAGAUGCAAAACGUCCAACCGAGAACAGAGAGAAAACCUUCAGGGAAAUCAGGAUCAUUUUUAUACAAAGUUUUUAUCAGUGAAAUAUGUCACAUUUGCACUGUGCAACAUUAUAUAUUUUUACUGUCUUAUGUCUGUACACAUUAUAUUUUUGCCAAAUGCAAAGAGAUUAUAAAUUUAAAUUUGCAGUGUGUAUUGUAACAAAAACUGAAGGACUAAUUCAUACUUUAUUUUGGGGAGAUUUAGGGUUUAUUUUUGACUUCAUAUCAAAGAACAGAAAGAGAUUUUAGCUUUAUUGUCAGUUUAUUUUCUAGUUGUCACUUGAACUUAUUGAAGGACCACAUGCAUUGAUUUUUGAUUAUGAAUCUCAGGACUAAAAUGUCAUGCACUUUAAAGCAGCGUUUCCCAACCUUUACUGUCUUACAUACCUGCACUACAACGCCAAUAAAGCUGAAGUAUGACCCAAUGUGGUAACACUUUAAAAUAACUUUCAUUUAUAAAUCAUUAACAAGCGUUAUGUACUGCAUACAUCAUUAGUUAAUAUAUAUUCACAUAGCUAGAAACAGGAGAUUAUGUUCUUGUUAUUGUUUCCUUAUGAACUUACCUAAUGAUUAACAUAUAUGAUUAUUUAAUGUAAAUUGAAAUGCUUAUAAAUGUCAGUAAACGUUUGUAUGAUCUUCAUUUAUUGGUCUUUGUUUGUUGUGUAGACCUCUAUUUAUGCAUCUUAACAAAUAAUCUAUUAAUCAUCUGUUCAUGUUUUUGCAGUACUCAAUCUAAAGUGGAAACUAUUUAUCAUUUGCAAAUGUUUAUAAAUGUUUAUUAAUCAUUAAUUCCUUCAUGAGCGGUCAUCUUGAUGGCAAUAAAAUGUCCCGAAAGACUUGAAUUUACCCUAUUCACACAUCUUUACUAAUCAUUUAUUAAUCAUCUGUUCAUGUUUUUGCAGAAGGCUAUCUAAAGUUGA